CGUAAUUCACACCGCGACGAAAGUUCGUGCCGUGCUAGCUCUUUAAACGUCGUUGAUAUAUUCGUAUCAAGGCAUUUCAACAGAGAUGGAAUAAAGUGGCAGCCCCAACAGAUGAUGUAGAAGGGGAAGUGUCCCCCAGUUUGUCCUUCCUAAGGUGGAAGACAACUAUGUGACAUGGAGUCGGGGGAAGCAGACACCUCGGUCACCCUGAUCAUCAAGGCUCCUGACCAGAAGUACGAGGACUGCACUAUCAACUGCUUUCUCAGCUGGACGGUGGAGAAGCUCAAAAGCCAUAUUGCUAAAGUGUACCCCAGCCAGCCUUGCUCCAGAGAUCAACGUCUAGUGUACCUGGGAAAGCUCCUGCAGGACCACCUGCAGCUCCGAGACGUGCUGCGACAGGACUAUCAACAAGAUGAGUACCAUAUGUUGCAUCUGGUUUGCAACUCUCGCCCUCCGUCGAGCUCCCCGUCGCCCCCCAGCAACUCCUCACUUAACAGUCCUGAAAUUUCAAGCUCAGCACUUCUUGAUGGUCCCACUAUCCCUGGAGGCCCAAGUGGGCUCAGGAAUCGGGGUGGCCCCUUCAACGUAAACCUUCAGAGCCCUGUUGGCACCUCUCUACUGCCUCAUGGAGAAGCUCAGUUGCUUUUGCAAGGUGGCCAAAUGACACCCAUGCAGAUGUGGUGGUGGCAGCAGAUGUAUAUGCAGCACUAUUACAUGCAGUAUCAAGCAGCAGUAGCAGCCUCCCAGCUUGGUAGCAGCUUUGACCUGUCCAGCUCGCAGCCCCCGCCCGGUCCCAACGAAGCCGUCCAGCCCCUCCCGGCUGUCGCCCCCCUGCCAGAGAACCUGCCUCCGGCUGACGCCGACAUCCAGAUGAACGCACAGGGCGGCAUGUUGAACGGAGACGAGCUGGACCACGACUGGCUGGAAUGGCUCUACACACUCUUCCGAGUCAGCGUCCUGCUCAGCUUUGUUUUCAUUUAUUCCUCCUUUGGACGCUUCAUGGUGGUGCUGGGGGCCAUGAUGCUGGUGUACAUGUACCAAGUGGGCUGGAUUCCCUUAAGGACGCCGGAAGAACGGCGGCCUAACUUUCCGAAUCCUGAGCAAGCUCAAGCUUGGGAGGAAGCAGAGAUGCAACGGGGCAUACAAGAAUUGGAGCGGGUGAUGGACGACGGCACGGAGGAUGCCGGGCAAGAUCCUCCCGGUUCGCUUACCACCGCUUGGUCCUUCAUUCGUGCUUUCUUUACCUCGCUGGUUCCAGAGGGGGACCCCCAACGGCCGCCCGAAGUUCCGCCAAUACUUCGUCCUCGUUAGUCCUUAACAAGCCUGUAAACUCGUGAACCUGUAUACAUUUCAUUCAGGCUCCUCAGUGAAGUCUGGGAAAGAACUAUUAGGAAAUAAUAUAAUAAUAACCAGAACAUGCUAAUUUUGGAGAGAUUGUGAAUGCUUUCCUGUCGGUCAGUAAACUGGAAGAGCGUAGAUGUGUGGAUUAAUGGUGACUGACUAGUAUUGAAUGAUGUAGAACCAUGUGGAAUGCUGAAUGAUGAGGAAAAUUUGACUGAUGUAAAAUUAUGUUGACUGAAUUGAUAAAUGUUGACUUGUUGAAAUAAUCUUAGGUGAUUUGGAGACACUUCUGGAUCACUUCCUCUUGAUCUUGGGGCACUUGUUGUUGAUUAUAGGCCAACUCUGGGUGACUUUUUUUCGAGUAAGGGUGCUACAUGUCACGUCCUGUUCAUUUUGGGGCAAUUCUUUGAGUUUGGUGUAAUUCCUGUUGGCUUUGGGUCACUUUCUGUUCAUUUUGGGGCAAUGUUUUUGUGGGUCCUAUUUAAAAAAAACAAAAAACAAUGGGAUUGAGUAAUAUGUUUGUGGGUCAGAAGUUAAUGGAAAUAAGGAUUUGUGUGUGUGUUUGAGGUGGGGGAUAUAAAUAGUCAAACUAAAUAUAUACAUAAAUACAGAUCUAAAACUAUAUGAUAUGGUUUGUCAAUUUAAUCUAUUUACACUUGUAUGAUUUGUAAAAUAAAAUCAUGGC